AUGGAACCAUUCACCAAUGAAGCUACUAAUGAAGUGAUAUUUACACAAACAGAAAAUUUGCAACGAAAUUGUUUAAUUUCAACAAUACAAAAAUUGCCUGUUAAAGAUAUGUCUUCGGCAUAUAAUUGCCUUGCUCAAACGUCUUUAUAA